UUUUUCCCAGAGCUGCUUCUUCUCCCCCCAGAUCAUGGACUGUGGCGUGAUCACCUCCAAGAGCAUCCUGCUGCUGCUGAGCCUCGCCUUCUGGGCAGCAGCAGCUGGUCUCACCUAUGUUGGGGCCUAUGUCAUCAACACCUACAGGAGCUAUGACAACUUUCUGCAGGACAAAUAUGCUCUGUUUCCAGCUGCCAUCAUUAUUUCUGUUGCCAUAGUCAUGUUCAUCAUUGGUUUGAUUGGUUGGUGUUCUACCUUCCGGGAGUCUCGACUUGGUUUAGGGCUGUUUUUGGCCAUUAUCCUGAUUAUCUUCAUUGCAGAAGUGUCUGCUUUUGUCCUGGGAUUUGUUUACAGGGAAAAGGUAAAAACUGAUGUGCAAAGCACAAUGCACUCAGUCUUUGAGAAAUAUGAUGGGAGAAGUCCAGAGUCUACUGUUAUGGAUUACCUGCAAGGACAGCUUCACUGUUGUGGGGUGAAUAACUACAGUGACUGGACAACCACAGCUUGGUUUAAUUCCACUGGUAACAGCAGUGUCCCCCUGAGCUGCUGUAGGCAGGAGGUGGUGAACUGCACAGGACGUCUGGAUCAGCCAGAGGAGCUCAAUACAAGGGGCUGUGCAGAGGAACUGGAGUUGGGGCUGCAGAGUGUCACCAGCUAUGCAAUGCUUGUAAUCCUGGGGUUUGCCAUUGUAAAGUUCUUUGGCAUGCUGAGUGUUUGUGUGCUUACUUGCAAGAAAGAAGAAAGUGAAUAUCAGCCUCUUUACUCUGGGGUGUUUGCUUAACAAAAUGCCAAGAUGCCUUUUGCUUCCUGAGGAUAAGCCAGCCUUGUAAAGCUGAACACUGAAAGACAAUUUAUGACCUUACUGCCAAAUACUUUGGUUUACUUUCGUGAAACAGAGCAUUGCCUGUUGACUUGGGAAAAUCCCUUGUGGGUGAUGUGAUUUCAAUAUUCCGUGCCCCAAGUAGCCUGAUCUUGCAUCCAACAGCUUCCUGUCAGGUUCCUGUAGGUUUGGAUGUGUGAUUUUUAUGUAGCACCAGCUGGUGUGAAAGGCUCCAGAAAGAAUCUUCCUUAGGCAGUUCUUUCCUCUGUCCCACAAGCUCGCAGGAGAAAUGUUCUUUUUAAUCACUAAACUGAGACUGCAGGAAGGGUUUCAGCUGUCUGCAUGCACCUCAGAUCAUUCCCAUGGCGUGCUUAAAACAGCAGAAGAAAGUUUUGAAUGUCAAGCUCAGAUAUUCUGCAUAAGCACGAGGAGUCAGAAUACAAUUUCUCUGUAUCUGAUGGUGUUUCUCGUAUUUUUAAUUUUUAAAAAAUCCUCCUUAUGGCUGUAUGUUGUAACUCACUUCACUGCAGAGGUUCUUAAGAGCUGUUUAGAACCUGAAACUUGUUUUAAAGCAGCUAACAAAUGUGAACAGCUCCAGGCUAGGAGGGGACGCGUUUUGGGGCUUGGGACAUCUAUGGCUUGCUGGUUUUUG